GCACGAGUUCUCGUGCCGGUAUCAAGACUUGCCAAAUGUCAAAUGAAACAGUUUUAGUCGACGCUAGCUCGUCGUUUUAUCCUGUUUUUAAGAGAUAAAAGUGAGUAAUGAGCCUCUGAGCUGAGGGAGACUUUAUUUCCAGUCGCGCAGUUUGACCGCAGAAACGGAGCUUUGCCAUGAGGACUCUCCUGGGCAAAGCGGGUCUGCUGGGUUCGGUGUCGGUGGCCUUAGGCUCGAUGUUCUGGUCCCAACAGAAAACCGGGUCAAAUCCCGCCCCUGCCGAAUAUGAACUCAAACUGGUCCAGGUCUUGUUCCGGCACGGCGCUCGAACACCGCUCAAGACGAUACCUGAUGUGAUCGAGGCCCAGUGGGUCCCGGCGCUGCUGGAAGCUCCGCCACACACCCACAUAAACUACGUGGUGACGGACCUGCAGGGAGGACCCAGACCUCCGGCUCCCGUGGAGGAGAGCUACCGGAAGAACACGUUACCCGGCGGCACGUUCCCAGGUCAGCUGACCGCGCUGGGCAUGGAGCAGCUGUACGAGCUGGGGAAGAGGUUCAGAAGGAGGUACAUCGAGGAGAGCUCCUUCCUCAGCUCCACCUUUAACCCUGAUGAGGUCUACGUUCGCUCUACGAACAUUGUGAGGACCAUUGAAUCCGCCCGGUGCCUGGUAGCAGGCCUCUUCCAGCAAAAACAGAAAGAAAUUGUGCCGAUCUUAACGACACAGGCAGAAUCUGAAAUCCUUUACCCCAACUAUCACGGCUGCAAACUCCUCAAAACCCUCGGCAGCCACCGCUGGACAGAGUCGGCCACUCUGCCGGACAUCGCGGCAGACCUACAGAGCGUCCAGAGUGCCCUGGGGAUCGCCGCUCACAAGCAAGUGGACUUCAUCCUCAUCAGAGAUGACAUGGUGGCCAGAGAGACGCAUGGUCUCCCCAGCCCACCGGCGCUGCACUCCUGGAGGAGUAAAGUGGAGCAAAGAGCUGUGGACAUGAUGUGUCAUAUUUACGCACCCAGCAAGAGGGAGAACUUGCAGCUGUGCGUGGGACCGUUCCUGCACAUCCUGUUGGACAACAUCGAUGAAAAGCUGCAGGGCUGCUCGUCGGACCCAAACAGGAAGUUGUUUCUGUACUCCGCCCAUGACACCACGCUGAUCCCCUGCCUCAUGGCGAUGGGGAUUUAUGACAUGAAGUGGCCACCGUACGCCGCCGACAUCACCGUGGAGCUGUACGAAGAGCGGCAGACCAAGGAGGCCUUCGUUAAAGUGUCGUACGUGGGAGAGGAUCAGCUGAUCCCGGGCUGCAGUGGCGUCUACUGCCCUCUGCAGGAGUUCAAACGGGUCAUGUCGGCGUACUCGCUCAGCUCAGAACUUUACAAUUCCCUCUGUAACAGCGGCGAAGGCGCCGCUGCACCCUGAACCAUCCACCAACGCAGCGUCACCGUUUACACAAUACUGGCAGCAUUCAUGCACCUUUCUCUCUUUCUUUUUUAAAGUCGUAUCUGCUCUCACUCCAACCAGGUAUCACCAGGGUUGAUGAAUAUCAGUCCUCAGGAUCAUGUUUCUCUCUCCGUUUCUGUCAGAUGAUCUCGUCUUUUUUGAACCAUGACAGUGAAAUAAAUAUAAGAUAAUGUACGAUAAAGAAGCGUUUAACUCUGUUUUGCUACAGUUUUGUUUGCCUUACGUGAGGUGCGUCGUGCACGUGUGCUUGCAUACAUACUUUUGCGUGCAUUUUAUAUAUAUAAUAAGGAUUGUUAUUUUCCCACUUAAAUUUUUUGUCCCCAAACCCAAAAAGGGUGUAAAUAAGACAAUUGGACUAGAUUUAUCCAAGAAUUUUAAGUAAAAGUAGUUUGCAAUUACUUUAAAAUGCAAAUUUAUUGGAGUAAAUAUUUACAGUAACAGAAAAAUGUGUUAAAAUAAAAUGUUACAGUGAAGAGGUGUCAACAAGUGAAACUGUUGCUCUGAGAUGUGUUUAUAAUUAAUGUUGAGAAUUAAUUACCGAAUCAGGCUUAUAUGUACGAGUUGUUAGGAUAUAUAACUUUUUUUUUUUUUUUACUUUUUUGAGAUAAUUAACUUAAUCUGCUCUCCUAUAAGUUCAAACUCCACCUGAAGUAAACUCUCACACUGAAACCUCAAAGGAUGAAUCUGUGAUUUUUUUUUAUUGUUUUGCAGCUUCCAACUGUAUUUUCUUCACUUCAGUCCUCCGGGACAUUCUAGUUUGGAUUUUGCAAGAGCUGGUAAACGUCAUCGGCGCUACCUAGAACCCGUCCAGAUCCAAGAAAGGAAAUUAGCCAACAGUAGUUUGAGU